AUGGGUGCCUCAGCUGCCAUCAGUGAAUUGGAAUCAGUCCACAAGAUUGAAUAUCUGGCCAGCGAUCUCAACACACCCUCGGUAACCCUCUUUCCCUCCAGGGCACAAGUAUAUCGAGAGAUUAAAGGCCUUCAGCUCAAGCGAGGCACAAAUGAAGUCACCAUUGUUGGACUCAGCCAAACCGUCGACUCAGAUUCCAUCAAGGUCGAGAGCAUUGGCAGCGCUACCAUUACCAACCUGGAAGUUGAGGCUGUGACUAACCGCCAGCUCUUCCACGAGGUGUACCCGGAGUCCGACUCCGAGUCCGAAUCGGAUUCAGAUGAGGAAGAAUUCUCAGAAGAUGAGGCAAAGGCAGAAAGCCACGAACUGAAGUCGGCCAAGGACUCGCUUCAAGAGUCUCGAGAUGCGUUGGCCGCCGCCCGCGACAGCGCAGGCAACGCACAAAAACGGCUGAAUCUCUUGGAGGCUAUUGGCAUUAACAACAAUCAAAAGAACGGCGACUCUAUCCAGGCAACCCUCGAGCAGUACAAGGAUGAGCGCAAAAAGGCCUUUCAAGACCUGACGGACAGCAACAACCUCCAGAGGUCACUCAGCAAGGAUGUAGAAAAAGCCGAAAAGAAGUACAACAAGCUGCAGCGGGAGGAAGACAAAAAGAAUGCAAAGGAGAACAAGGCCAAGGCACAAGCGAAGAAGGAGAGGGAAAAGAAAAAAGCUCUCAAGGACCGGCUCAAGGGCGAGGCCAAGAGAGAGAGGCAGCGCCUGCGCGACGAGCAGCAGCAAUUCUGGCCACUCGAGGUAUACAGCGUGCGCAUCACCCUCGAAGUUGCGGCCUUUACGCCCAUGACUUCCCGUCGAGGCUCCACGUCCAGCGAUGUCGAUGCCGUCAAGGUCUCGGUGGCCGAAGCCGAAGACGACGAGGAUGCUGGUCCUAUCGAGGUCGACCUAGCUUUCUCGUACGUCACGUCGGCGGCUUACUGGACGCCGGCCUACGACCUACAGCUGUCGACGACAAACGCCUCGGCUACGCUCUACUUUGACGCCAUGCUCACCAACCAGACCAGCGAGUCCUGGAAGAGCUGCAAGGUCACCCUCUCGACGUCGCAGGCAACCUUCUCCGGCCUCUACGACACGAUCCCGACGCUCGUCCCCUGGCGCAUCAAGCUCGCCAAGUCGUCACAGUUCUUGGGAAAUCAACCCGACAUCACUCGCAGCAAUGAAGAGACGACACAUUCGAACAACCGCAACAACAAUCACAUGCAUGGUCCGAUGGUGCUCCAUCAACAAAACCGCAACCGGAAGAUGAUGGUGAAAAAGGUGGCCGUGCCAAGCAGCAUGGUACAGCCAGCAGCAGCGCCGCGAGCUUUCUUUGGCAGCGCUCCGGGUGGUGCUCCGUCUCUGCCUCCGCCUCCGCCGGCACCAAUGGUGGCAUCAGCGGCCUUUGGAGGGUCCGUAAACCCAUACGCGCAACAGCAGAUGCAGGCGCAGCAACAACAGAUGCAGCAGCGAAACGGGAUGGCGGCGCUGCAGUCAGAAGGCGUCCUCAACGACUUCGACUUUGACUCUUUCCUCAACACAGACGGCCAGGAACCCCUCGGCUUCGACAGCUUCGAAGCCUCCCUCGUGGAAGAGACGGGCCUGACGACGACCUACGACCUGCCCGGCCUCAAGACGCUCGUGCCCAAGUUCAACGGCUCCAAGCAGCGCGUGGCCCGCAUCCCCUUCUCCAACGUCGUCUUCAGCCACACCGUCGUCGCAAAGUACAAGCCCAUGGCGUACCUCAAGGCCAAGCUCAAGAACAGCAGCAAGAUGGCCCUGCUCAAGGGCAGCGCCAGCCUCACCCUCGACGGCACCUUCAUGGGCAAGACGUCGCUGCCGCGGUGCAGCUCCGGCGAGUCCUUCAGCCUCAGCCUGGGCGUCGACCCGGCCAUCAAGGUGACGUACCCGAAGCCCGACGUGCGCCGCGCCUCCGUCGGGCUCUUCACCAAGGAGGACAGCGCCGUCUACGUCCGCACCGUUGAGCUGCGCAACACGCGCGCCGUGGGAGGCAGAGCUGUCAACUUGCUCGUGCUGGACCAGGUGCCUGUUUCCGAGGACGAGCGGCUGCGCGUGGAACUCGCGUAUCCGCGGGGCCUGGCGAUCGACGGCGCAAACGGGGUUGCUGUGGGCGAGCCGGGCAAGAUGAGCAAGGACGAGAACUGGGGUAAAGCUUCGGCGAAGCUGAAGAAGGACGGCCAGGUGACGUGGGACGUGAGCCUGAACGCGGGCAAGACGGUCAAGCUUUCGCUCGAGUAUGCCGUGUCCAUGCCGAGUGGAGAAACAGCUUACCAAGUUUGA